CACAACCCACUAGCGAGGGAGGAGGCUCUGCCGGGGCUUGUGGGAAUUGUAGUCCUGUUGCCUCCCUCCCUCCCCUGGCUCUGAGAUGAGGGCAGGCUCCCAAGCACCUGUCCUGGUGGAGGGAAGCUGCAAAAACUACAUGCUCCACCACUCCCUUCGCAUGCCUGAUGAUGAAUGAUGCAGCUGCUUGAUCCCAAGCCAACCAGGAACUGCUGAGAGAAGCAGAGUAGAAAUUUAAAGAUUAUUGUUCAUGUAACUGGAAGGUUUUAUCUGUCGUUCAGGAGACUUCCUCCUCCAACACGCGCUCUCAAGGCCAACAUUGCAGUUAAGGAAAAUGGAGCUUGCAGAUCUACUGAAAUUUGCCUUCAUAGAAAUGAAUGGUACAGCAGUAACUGUGGCUCUGCUGGCGGGCUUCCUAGUCCUACUGUAUUGGUACUCCAUUUCUGCCUACUCCAGGCUGAAGAGGGUGGGGGUCAGACAUCCUCCACCUUUGCCUUUCAUUGGAAACUUGCUGUUUUUUCGCCAGGGCUUUUGGGAAAAGCACACACAGCUGAUAAAGGAAUAUGGACCUGUUUGCGGGUACUACAUUGGCCGUCGUACAUACAUGGUGGUGUCUGAGCCAGAGAUGAUCAAACAUAUCUUAGUGAAGGACUUCAGUAACUUCACCAACAGAAUUACACCAGGACUAGUUUCCAAGCCAGUAGUUGACAGCAUUCUCUGUCUGCGUGAUCAAAGAUGGAAGGAGGUCCGGAGCAUGUUGACCCCAACCUUCAGUGCUGCAAAACUGAAAGAGAUGACUCCGCUAAUAAACCAAGCAUGUGAUGUCUUGCUGAGUAAUUUGAAGGUCUUUGCAGAUUCUGGCAAGGCUUUUGAUAUCCAAAGAUGCUAUGGCUGCUUCACCUUGGAUGUUGUUGGCAGUGUGGCUUUUGGUACUCAAGUGGACUCUCAGAAGAACCCUGAUGAUCCCUUUGUUAAGAACUGCAAGAAGUUUUUUGAAAUUUCGUUGCUCAGACCUAUCCUAAUUCUCACCAUUGCAUUCCCUUUUAUAAUGGUCCCACUGAUCCGGAUUUUACCGAACAAGAAACGAGAUGAAAUUAAUAGAUUUUUUAUCAAAGCCAUAAAGAACAUGAAUGCCUUGAGAGACCAGCAAGAUGUACAUGAGAGACGCAGAGACUUCCUCCAGUUGAUGCUUGAUGCCCGCAGUUCAGCUAGCUCUGUUGCACUGGAACAUUUUGACUUAGUCAACAAAGCCGAUACUUCAGUUCAGGACCCUGAUCCUUGUGGUGAUAAGGCUCUGCCUACAAAGCUUCAGGUGACAUUAACUGAAGAUGAGAUAGUAGGCCAAGCCUUCCUUUUCCUGAUUGCUGGGUAUGAGACCACCACCAGUGCACUCUCCUUUGCCACCUACCUAUUAGCCACCAACCCAGAGUGCCAGGAGAAGCUGCUGCAAGAGGUGGAUGAGUUCUCUGAAAAACAUGAUGUCCCUGACUACCAAAAUGUGCAAGAACUUGCUUACCUGGAUAUGGUGAUUGCAGAGACCUUGCGCAUGUAUCCCCCUGCAUUCAGAUUUACUCGGGAAGCCUCAAAGGAUUGCGUAGUUAUGGGACAGCGAAUUCCAGCUGGGGUAGUUGUGGAAACUGCAGUUGGAUACCUCCAUUAUAACCCUGAGUUGUGGCCAGAACCUGAGAAGUUCAUCCCUGAGAGGUUUACAGCAGAAGCCAAGAAGCACCGCCACACCUUUGCAUACCUCCCAUUUGGGGCAGGUCCUCGCAGCUGCAUUGGUUUGAGGAUGGGUUUGCUGGAGACAAAGAUGACCCUGCUGCGGAUCUUGCAGAAGUUCAAAUUUGAAACGUGUCCAGAGACCCAGAUUCCUUUGCAGCUGAAAUCUAUAGCUACUUUAGGACCCAAAAAUGGAGUCUACAUUAAGAUAGUACCUCGAUAAAGUAACAUCUCCAUUCGGGAAACAUUCACAGCACAAGUCUCUUGUUCACCGGCUUGGAUGGAUUGGAAAUAACAUUUUCAAAACCACACUUAACUGAUUUAGGACACUAAGUUGUCUUGAAAGUAAAUGGGAACAUAAAAAAAAAAAUCAGUCUGAAUCCCACUGACUUUUAAUGGAACUUAGUCACCUAAGCCAUUUGCGAGCUUUUAAAUUUUUACCCAGGUAUAUUACUGUGAAUAGUCUCUGCAAAAACUCCUUAUUCUUCACUGGUCUUAUAGAUCAUACACUUCCUUUAUUUACACAAGGUUUUGUCCAGGCCUUCGUAUAUGCUAAAAGAGUAUGUCAUCUUGCCUAUACCAGGCUUUUAUGAUGUGCACGAACUCCUAGUCUAGACAAACCUUGAGAGGCAGCACUUUGUCUGCUGGUUUUAGAACAGGAACAGGAAUCAGGUGAACUUAGAUCCUAUUCCAGACGCUGCCAAAGAACAGAGAACAAAUCAUUUUCCAGGGUGCUUUAAUACCUGCAUCUCUGUAGAAUGAAGAUGAUAAUGCAUUCUGCCCUUUGUAAAAUACAUUGAGGUAUUUAUAUUAAAGGUUUGCACAUUUCAUUCAACUUUAGUGUAUGAUGGAUAAGACACCAUUUGACAUUGCUUAAAUAAGUUCUUAUAACCAAAAUCAGACCAAAGCAUGAUGUAGCACCUGAUUUGCUACUGAAUUUAAAAUGGUCAGAAGAGGGAGGGAAUUUCAAGGUUGAGCUGAAGUGGCUGGUGUAGCAGUCUGCUACACCAUCCGUAGAUGCCUUUCUGUGCUUUUCAGCUGGCGCCACCACCAUUCAGUUCAUUGGCUCAGUGGCAAUGGAGCCUGCCAGAGUCAGUGCUUAAAGUUGUGGGCUAGAAGCAACCCCCAGGGGCAAGUCAGUUCACACAUGCAUUCUUCACUCAACCGAACUUGUCUGAAUAUCAGCCCUGGAGACUAUAUUCACAUUCUGCGCACAUGACCACACUCAAAUGUUCUCUAUUUUGUACUUCAGGCCCUGUGAUUUGGGAUCCAGGUAUCCAGAAUGCAAAUAUUUCUUUUGUGUAAAUAUGCUGAAGUAUUUUAAAAACCCCUUAAGUGGUAGGCUAUUGACAGCUCUUGUCCCUUUGCUUUACCUGUGACCCAUUGGGGUAGUUUUGGGUAGUGUGCAUUGUAGUCGUGUGAUAAGGUUGCAUAGGUAGGUUAGAGAAGCACUGUUAUGGGAUAGCAAUGAUUCUGCCUUGAGCAGGGGGUUGGGGUAGAUGACCUUCUGAAGUCCCUUCCAGCCCUUCUUUUCUAUAAUUCUCAUGUCUCUAGGAACCAGCUGGGGCAAAGUUUUAAUUCAGCGCUCUCUCUAAGUCAGUGGCUCCCAACCUCGGGCCGUGACCCAAAUCAGGGUCACAGGGGGUUCACCUCUCUCGCCUGCAGGGCUCUCCCGGCACACGGUCCGCGUGGCUCUCGCCGCCACUGCCCCCCAUGAUCCUGGCCCAGCCCAGGCUCUGCUGGUGCCACCAGGCAUGAGUAAAUUGGUGGUGGGGGUUGUGACCUGGAUUUAGGGUUGCAGCAAAAAAAAAAGGUGGGGAGCCACUGCUCUAGAUGCUGCUUUCAUCCUCUCCCAGACCAGCUAACAGCCAAGUCACCAUUCUAGGUCACUGCAGGAAGUUCUACCACAAAACCAAGGUAGGUGUCAACAACGUAGACAACGGGCAGUGAUAAAAUAGCAGAUUUACAAGCACUUGGGGUUUUGGUUUUCAGUUUUCUUUAGGCUUCAGAGACUCAUUUGCACCCACGGCUGAAAUUCUGAAGAUGGACGUGUAGAAGGUUUUAUAUUUCAAAAAGCUCACGACAAAAUUCUCCAUGACAUCUCUGCCAAAGAUCUCAGAGGUAAAGGAGUUCCCCUCAGCACCAGACAGUAUCUGAGCUGAACUCUUAUGAGUACAUCUCAAAACUCUACUUUGUUUAAAAAACAAAAACAGGCUUAAGUUGCCAUGUUUGAAUCCUUGAAAAUAACCCUUUUUGGCAGUUGAAGUAUAUGAAGCCACAUGCUGGCACUCUGGGACCUGGGGUUGUUUGCAGCUGCCUCUGCUUGUCUUAUCACUGAUUCAAGCACUCUUCCAUAAUGAGACCAGAGAAAAUGCUGUCUCAUUCCUUAGUGGUAUGCUCAGAUAUAUAUGUAACAGACUUACCUGCAGAGAACUGUCACAGUAGCAGCAGAAAGGUACUCAUCAACUUAAACCCUCUGCUGCUGUUCAGCAAUUUUUAGCCAUAGUUUAAUUAUCCAAUGGUAUAUUGAGCCUGUUGCAGUGAAUAUGUUCGGCUUUCUUCUCUGGCCACACUUACCAGGAAUUGUCUGUUUUGUCAUGGGAUUUUCUUCUAGCUAGAACUCUAGGCACAUAGGGCAUCUUUACAUGUGCUCAGGGGGUGGGGGCGCUUAAAUUAGAGCAGCUCCGAGAGCCACUCUAAUUA